CAAGUUUUCGUCAUUUGGGGGAUUGUCAGUAACAUUACAGUAACAUGAUAACAUGAAAUUGCUCGUGGUCAUCGCAUUUACCACGGCACAAAGCUUUCCAAUCUAUAACGGGUUCUCUGUCAAUUUCACUCCGAUGUUAAACAAAGAAGAGGUAAAGCCGAAGACAUUUGGUUCUCUCUUUGCGAAAAUACCCCAAGAAUUACCAAAUAGCGCUCAAGAAAACCUGUCCCAAGCGAUAUUCUCGAACGUAGGAUACCUCGGAGCGGGUUGCACCAAUCAAAUCGCUAAAAUCCUCUUCCCCACAAAAAGUUCACCCAACUCACUUGAUAACAUCACCUCCUGGACGAACGGCAAUUUUAUCAACAUACCGAUUUUGAAGCAGCCCGUUAAUGAUUACAAAAUAUUAAUAGCAGCUGCGCCACCUAACGUGAAAAUUAACAAAGCGGAUGAUAGCCGGCCUUUGCUGGUGUACAUUGUAUUUCCCAAUGAAGACAACAGCACUGAUGUUGCGAAAAUGUCAAUACCGACUGUGUAUUUCGUUAAUAAAGUAAAAGGAGUUAUGGAUAUGGAGACCAAAUCAAGGCUGGAUCCUGUUCUCCUAGUGGAUCAUAAUAGAACGGUUACGAAAUUGAAAAGUAGGGAAAUAGCGAAGUUUGUUAAGUUUAAGAAUAAAAAGAUUAAUCAUUUCGAUUAGUAUCAAUGACUUGCUGCGAUUAAAUAAAUAUACGAAAAUUAAAGU